GAAAUGAAGUAAUUGGGAACAGAAUUUCAGCUUAUAGAAAUACUUCUGGAGGACGACAGGAUAGUUGGCAAAGUCUAACCAAAACUGAGAAACAUUGUGUGUCUGAUGAGUAUGAGAAACUGUUUAACAAUCUACCAGAGUUUGAGGACCCAUGCAUUGACCCAUCCAGCAUGUGUGAAGAGUUCUGUAAGAAUAUGGCACUAAUGCAAAAACAUGCAAAGGAUGAGAAAAUACAAAAGUUGUUGCGCUAUGUCUCCCAUCCAGCUAAAUAUUCUAAGAACAGCACCUGGACUGUGCCAUUUUGUUUCACAGGAAAUGAACAAGAGAAGUUUACACAAUUGAUAAAGAAACCAAAUGUAAAUACGGGAUCUAAUGAAACCAACUAUGGAUACAAAUUCUGUGAAUCUGUUGAACAACGUUUCACAGAUGUAGGUUUAUGUACAACUUUCCAUGACACCAAUGUGACCUAUCCUCCUAAAGGAAUUUCAAAGCCAUUUCAAAAAGGAAUCACUAUGAUUUUGGAUUCUUUUGCAUAUUUUACCAUUACCAGGGAAAUGAGGACUUUCAGGGAUUACUUUAAGGAGUCUGAAUUAAGCUUAAUCUCCCCAGAAACUUUAACUGAUAACAGCUAUAAUGAUUUCUAUGUAUUUCUUCAUUCCAAGGAUGAUAUUCCGCUCUUUCAAGGACCUGAAGACAAAAGGAUUUCAUUGAGGAAUGGAAAACAUCAAACAACAGCCAACUAUUUAAAAGAGUAUAGGAUUCCAUUUACUGUAAAAAUUACAGAAACAGAGAAGAUCCUUGAAAAAUACAGUAUCACACAGCGUAAGUGUAGGUUUAAGCAUGAACUUGGAGAAAUGAAAUUAUUCCAAAUAUAUUCCAAACAAAAUUGUAUCUUUGAAUGUAAACUAGAGAUGGUAAGGAAGAUGUGUAACUGUUUACCCUGGUAUCUGGACCUCAAGAACCAAACUGAACCUGUUUGUAACCUAUUUGGGAAUAAAUGCUAUGAACAGAGCACCAUUCAAGCAAACCAACAUCUUGACUUCAGCAAUCCAAAUAAUCCACCGUGCGAUUGCUUUCCAGACUGUGAGGGUGUAAGCUAUAAUCCCUCCUCAGAGACAAGGACACCUACAGCUCUGGAGAACAGAAAUAUUCUUGAUCUUGAAUUACAAUUAAGAAAAAGGGUUUGGGAUGAUGAUGCAAUGGUGAUUGAGUUUAACAAAAAAAAAUUCCUAUUUGAUUAUGUUGCAGACAUGCUGAAAGAAGAAGGAGGCAAGAUAUUUUACAGAUCUAACCUAACAUCAGAUAUUGAUAACAUGGUAGACAAAAGACUUUGCACAGAAAGUCUCAUAAACUGUCUCAUCUGGCAGAGGGCUGUAAAUCUUGCAUCAGUUUGGUUGGAUUUUGAGGACAACUAUUUUGUCAAGGAACAUUUGAUUGAAAGAGUUCCGAUCGGAGACAAAAUUUCAUCCAUUGGAAGAACACUUGGUUUGUUUCUGGGAUUCUCGUUCUUGAGUAUUGUUGAUCUAGUUUACUGGGUUAUCAAAACAGUUGAAGUACGGAUGAGAAGGAGGAAACGGAAAUAGAAAGGAUGAGAAAGAGAAAAAAGAACGCUUGAAAAAUAUUCACCCCUAAUGGUGAUUUAGGUGUUCUUGUUUAUUAGUCAGUAAGCAUUUACAAACUGUAGAUUUUUGGUUGGACUACACAUUUUUAAUAACAAACUCCAUUAUACUUUCUUCAAUGACAGAAAGUUUAUUUUGAAACAGCCUGGGCACACCUAGAUGUUAUAGUGACAAAGUCGACUUUGUGCAAUAAUUGCAAUGUCCUAAAUUGUAAGAAUUUUCGUAAAAUCUCUAGAUGUUUUCUAAAUGUAAACUUUUCUUCUAAAAUAAAUGUUUUUUUGUUG